GCUUUGUGCAAAUCGAAAGUGAAAUGCGCGGGUGAAGUGUGCAGGAGUGGGCUGAGACGAUUGUUUGUACUUCAGAGUUUUACAGUUGGUGUUUUACAGGCUUAAGUUCUGCAGAUGCAUUUUAUUCAUUGUUCAGGAGUGCUGCUGUUACACAGGGACGUGUGUUGUACUGCGUGAUGGCGGAAUCAUACUUACCAGAAAUAUUUCCUAACGUGAAACUUCUUGUCGAUCCAGAAAGAUUUGUGGAGCCAUGGACAGUUAAAAAGACUGGCAUAAAAAAACAGGAAAGAGGUUCACUUUUUGAGUUCAGUGGAACCUUUAAAGAUACUGACGAUUUCUUUUUGGAACUGUCAAGCAAGGAGAAAAAAAGCAGUAAAUAUGGAGCAACUGAAGAGAGACGCAAAGGAUAUGAGCACACCUCUGCCAGCAUGAAGUCAGCUUCCAGUGAACGAGUUGAACCAGUUGAGGUCGACAGUGUCAUUAUGCGUUACAUUGAAGAAAAAUGCUCUGCAGAGCUCAAUAAAAUAAGACGACCUGAGGUAAGCAUGCAAGUUAAUAAGAAACAAGUGACCUUUCACCCACGGGACACAGGACAUGGAACAGUCUUCGCUCAGCUGGCAAGAGAGCGCUUUGUAAUUUUCUAUCAGAAGAUUGCUACGGAACUGCAGAGUAGAUUGUAUUAUUUAGACGCCACCCAGCUUCAGCUGUUGCUUGCAAAGUUUCCAGAGCUUCUAAUCAGCACUGGACAAAGGAGGACAGAUGAAAUAACACUGACCGGGAGAUUCAUUAGCCUUGAAAGGUUUGAGCAGUUCAUCAACAGUCCUUCUAAAAUGUCUUCUCCAAGACAAAUCAACCACACAGUGGACAUGAGUGCUACAGCCUCCAGCCAUGUGAUACAGGAUGAAACCUCCGGCAAAGAGGAAACUUGUUCCAUUUGUUUGGAACAAAUGGUGAAGUCACAAAUGAAGACUCUGGAGAAAUGUAAGCACUCUUUCUGUGAAAACUGUUUAAAGAUGGCUUUCCAAAUUAAACCUGUCUGUCCUACAUGUGGAGUUAUAUACGGCGCGCUAAAGGGAACCCAGCCUAAAGGAGGCAAAAUGAACGUCAUGUAUAAUAAGGUUCCUCUACCCGGGUAUGAAAACUAUGGAACAAUCAUCAUUCACUACAUCAUUCCAGAUGGGUUACAGGGGGAUGAACACCCAAAUCCAGGCCAGCCCUACAGAGGUACUGAACGCCUCGCCUACUUGCCAGACUGCCCGGAGGGAAAGAAAGUUCUUAAGCUCCUUAAACAAGCAUUUGAACAAAGGUUAACCUUCACAGUUGGACGCUCGUCAACCACUGGCAGGAGCAAUGUCGUCACCUGGAAUGACAUUCAUCACAAAACAUCCCGCACUGGUGGGCCUACUGCUUACGGAUACCCAGAUCCCGACUAUCUGAAACGGAUCCAAGAGGAGCUGAAAGCGAAAGGAAUUUACUGAUAUUUAAUAGGGAAUGAGCUUUUGCACCCAUGUAAAUACUAGCACCAGGCAAAUACUACAAGAGAAACAUAUUUGUCUACAUAUUUGUCUACUACUGGUAAAUAUUCACAAAUAUUGUAAAUAUUAUAAGGGAACAUCAAAUUCUGUUUAAGGUCUAUAGUCUGGUUGCAGCCAUAUUCCGAAUAUGUUGUUUAUAUGCGUACAGGCAUUGGAAUAUUCCUGUAUACAGUACACGGUUGUUGUAAGUAUGCCCGAGUUGCCUACAGCUAAGCAUCUGUUAGCACCCACAAUUCCUUGAGAACCAAGCAUUCACAUACAUUUCUUUUCAGUGGAUUUUCUGAAUAGGGUGUUUACAUGCAACAAAUUUCCCAAUUAAAACAGGCAUAUUCCAGGGGUGGAAAUCAGAAUUUGAGGAAUCAGAAUAUUGUCUUAAUCGGGCAAUCCGAUUGUGGCGUUUAAAUGACUCAAUAAUAAUUAGAAUAUUGCCAAAUUCCAGUUAAUAUCAGAAUAUUGAUGUGCAUGUAAAUGUAGCCAAUGAUCUCAUAUGUUGUGAUGAUGUCGAAGCUAAUGAACAAACCAUUAGCAAAGAAUUAAACUAAUGUAAUAUCUUACAACCUGGGAAAAUCCAACCUGCCUUUUAAUCACCUUAAAAUUCAGAUUUGACAGUAGUGAAAUUGCACCUGGAUAAAGUUUGGCAAGCAGUGAAAUAAAACCAAAAGAUUUGUAGGAUGGAACCCAACCAGAGACAAGGCUUAUAAAGUCAUUUUCCUAAGAGUGGUGCUUUACACAGACUGGAUUUCUAGACUGGAUGUAAUAAUCAAUACUUUAACUUUGUACGGAAUUAAAAAAAAAAAAAAAAAAAGUAGGUAUCUUCUGUAAAUAAACUUGCAUAAAUAAGCAUUAUUGAUUUAAGGAAAACCAAAAGUCCAGGACUGAACUUAAACACUGACAAAUAAACACCUGACAUGAAACAGAACAAGAAAAGUUAGACUCAGAAAGCUAGUGAGUAUAAAUACACUGCUGGAACAACAGAUAAGUAGCAGCAGGUGAGAUUAAUUAACUGCCAUGUCAGCAGAGUACCAAGAACAUGGAAACAGGCCAUAUAAGGUUAAGUGGCAAGCUGAAUGGGACAAAAUGGACAACACCAUAUAUGGAAAGUGAACAGGGUCAAAAUCUUGACACCUAAAUUGUCUUACACUUUUAAUGAAAACAUUUUAGUCCUUGUAGAGUGGAAUAAUGAUUAGGAGGAAAACAUGUUCUUCAGAGUAAAAAAUUAAGCCAUUGAAAAUCCUACUCAUUUACUUUUAAACAAAUUCUGUGUUCUUUUCAGCUAAGCUUAUAAAGAUAGGACAAAUUACUGGAAAAUGCACUGAUGUGGGGGAAAAAAAGGAUGUGACAAACAUAUGGGCUUUAUAGGUAAAU